GAUCGGACACAUCAGAUAUGGAAAACAAUUCAAAUAAAAGUCAUUAUAGAAGUCAUUUCAUUGAUUUGUCGGACAACCCCAUCGGUACGGGAGGUUUUGGGACUGUAUUUAAAGUGAAGCAUAAAUUAGACGAACAGAUAUAUGCCGUCAAAAGAGUGGAGUUCCAGAAUUUGACAUACCUUGACAUAUACUUACAACACGUUUGUAGAGAUGUUAGAAGUUUACGCAAAGUUCGGUCGGAUUAUGUGGUCGAGUAUUACAACUCAUGGAUUGAAGGGAACGCGCUCUACAAUCAGAUGGAGUUCUGUUCACAGAAUUUACGGAAUAUUCUUGAAGUGAAACCACAAAUCGUAGAAAGUGUUCAGUAUUUGCAUGACUGGGAUCCACAGAUCAUUCACAGAGACCUCAAACCAGAAAACAUAUUAAUCAUUGAAAAUGCAAAGAAAGGUAGAUUUGUUAAGUUAUGCGACUUUGGUUUGGCUGUUGAACACCGGACGGCUUCUCAAAGACACACCAAAUACUUGGGAACACCUGAUUAUAUGGCCCCAGAAGUAUCAAUGCCUCAAACAAAGUAUGGCACAAAAGCAGACAUUUAUAGUUUGGGUAUCAUUGCAAUGGAAUUGUUUGACAUAUACUUAGAGUAUUGGGAC